GCAUUUACCAAUCGUGUAAACUUUUUAAUCAUGUAAUUAUUGCGUGAUCAAAAUACUCGUUUAAAAACCGAUUGGUUGAAUAUUAUUAACAUGCUGACACCCAGACGAGUAAGUAGACUAGUGCGAUUUAGUUAUCAGUGAACACGAAUGCAAUCGUGAUAUCGUGAUUAAUUGACGGAAUCGAAAUAUCAACAUUGGGGAUCUUCCUAAAAGAUACUCCAUUUGAUAUAAAUUAAUCAAAAAUAAAUGGUUGCUCAUUGUUAGCUGAUUGAGUUGUGAUAUUCAAUUUCAACAAUGGCUUUACAACGUAUGACUGUUUUGGCUAUCAAAAAUGGAUUUAAAAGUUUUGCCGAUGGAGUUGAAUCAAAACGCUCGAAAGUGGCGUCAGUAUUAAUAUUCUCCGCCCAAAUGCGUUUCAUCUCUUCCGUUGAAAUAACGAAGAACAUUUCGUUGAUAAGCAACGAAAAAAAAUCAUGCAAGGUUAUAAACAUGCAAUUGGACACACCUCAAGAAAGGCCUCUGAUGGUAAUGCUAUCUUGGCUGAUGGCCAAAAAGAAGCACGUCUACAAGUACGCCGACAUUUAUUUGAAACACGAUUUUGACGUUUUGAAUGUGAACAUUAGUCCUUGGCAGCUGCUCUGGCCUACCAAAGGAACGCAGGUGGUAGCCAAAGAUCUUUUAAGGUUCUUAGACGUCAAUGCCAGCUACUCACCGUUGGUAUUGCACGGUUUUUCAGUAGGCGCAUAUCUUUGGGGUGAAGUCUUGGUAAACAUUUCCUCGGAAAAGCAGCGUUAUGAUAAUCUCGUGAACAGGAUCGUUGGUCAAGUCUGGGACAGUGCCGCCGAUAUCACGGAAAUACCUAUCGGGUUACCAGUGGCCGUUUUCCCCAGGAAUAAAGUGCUGCAGAAUACCAUGAGGCAAUAUGUGCUAUAUCAUUUAAAAACCUUCGACAAAGUCGCUACAGUGCAUUACGUCAGAUCGAGUCAGAUGUUCCACACGAAUCUUAUCAAAGCUCCCGCUCAAUUUUUCGUAAGCAAAACUGAUCCCAUUGGUGCUGUGCCGUCUAACCAGAGGGUUCGAGAAAAUUGGGAAAAUAUGGGAAUUCAGGUGAAUUGGAAAUGUUGGGACAAAUCUCCUCACGUCGGCCAUUUCCGUGCACAUCCCAAAGAAUACCUUGGAGAAUUGGAAAACUUCUUGGCAUCCCUGAAGAUUCCACAAGUCUCCAAAGAACAGCAACAUGAAAAAAUUAAAGCUAAACUCUAAUAUAAUUAGUCCAUAUUCUUUGGUAGCGAGUUAUUUUUUUCGAAGAUCUUUCAAGGUUAUUUUAGCCCCAAAUAUAUGGUCAUUAAAUGACACGCAGUGUAACUGUACAACACUUAUGAUUUACACUAAGUCCAAAGUGUUUGACACUUCUAAAAACUUAAUUUAUUUAGUUUUCGAAAUGAAAAUGUUUGGAAUACAUUAAAAACGCAUAAACAAAAAUUUCUAUUCUUUCUUAAAGCAGAGACUUUACUACUAUGGUAUAUUUUUUAAAUAAAUUUACAGUCUCUGAAUUUAUUUGACUUACAGCCGGCUUGUAACGUCCAUUUUUGUGCAAACUAAAUUUAAUUAUAAAUAUCUGCUUGCAAUCCAUAAGAAAAGAGUGAAAAUUUUUAUAUGGAAUGUAAAAUAAUUUUAAAUUUCGAACAUGGUCAAUAUUUAAACUAUCCUCGCGGAAAUAAUAGAAACGAAAAUGCAUUUUUAGUGUGGAGACUACUUACGGAAUUAAAUUUUUGUCUCUAUUUUUGAAAAUUAUAAAAAAUGCUCGAACAUGUAAAGUAAAACUGUAACAUACAAGGUGAUUCAAUAUUCAAGUAUUUGUAGUAAUAGGUGAGUUUUCUUAAAUGGACCACCCUCUAUAUGUUUAUAUUCCACUAGACUAAAUUCAAAUAACUAUAAUAAUUAUAUCUCAAAUAGUAAAGGUAUUUACAAGAGAUUCAGUGAAAACCAAAGAAGUAGAGGGUAGAAUGAUAAGGUACCGCCUGGGCAUCCAUCACGAGUGUAGAAAUUAUGCAUGAUUCAACCUUCCACUCUUACACACGUAAAUGACAAAGAUAUGUUGCCCUAAAGCGCUGUAAACAAAUUCCAGGUUUGGCUUUGUUCAUCGAUUAUGUUCAUGUUCAGCUCCGUUUUUGUUUGUGUUGUGGCUGUUGUAGGCUUUUUUUGGCGUCACUUCUUGUUAUCUUGCUUAUAUUUGUGAUUUUUGGUGCUUUGAUUUCGAUUUAGUAUUAAAUUAUACUCGUUAAUUAUUUUCCGAUGCAUUAUUUUAUAAUCGUUGCACAAAAUGUUGUUAAACCGUCCCUGAAUCUAGUUUACAAAUUGUGCAUAGUGUCUAUACUUUUUCAUUGACAAUUAUCAUUCUACCCCUCUCCACUUCAUUGGUGAAAACCCAAAAGUGGGUAACGAAUAGUUUUAAAUCGAAGAAUAUUUUUUACACUGGCUCUUGUUGUUUGUUUUAGUAUAUUAAAUGUUAGAAAUGUUCUCCAUUCACUUUUUGACAAAAAAAAGUAGUCAGUAGUAAAAACGCCCUAACUUUCUCUAAAACUUGCUCCAUGGUUUUUGCAAAUUAAAUAAGUAAUUAUUAUUAUCAUUUUAGCAAUAAAUAUUUUACGCAUUUGAAUUCAAAUAAUGUAAAAUAUAAAAAUAUACAGGGUGGUCCAUUUAUCAAAAUUCACCUAUCUUUUACCACCAAUACAUUAAUCACCUCGUAUAUUUCAAUUUUACUUCAAUAGACGUACCAUUUAGAUUAAAAAUUGAUGUCUCAGCAUUUUUCAUACGUUUUCUAAAAUAUAGAAAAACAUAAUGUUCUUCCAUAAGUGGUUUCUACACUGUAUAAUGAGUUUUAUAUAAAAUUGAUUUAACAUACAAAACUCAUUUUUAUGUUAAGUUUGCACAAAUGACCAACCAUUGAAAAUAAUAUCAGAUUAUUUGUUUAUUUUAAACUGCAUGAGAUUCUUAGUUGUUUCAUUAGUUUUUACAUUCUAGCUUUAGAAUGAGACUGACAGAAGAUUUGACAAUGUCAAAAUUUUUGUUUAUAAAUAAAUAUCCCUUAUUUUUUUGUAUAAGGAAUAAUUAAUGAUCAUUUUAAAAAUAUCUAGUUUGUUCAAUUGUUUUCCCGAUUGUUACAAUUUAGUUCCAUUACCAAUCGCAUUUGAUCAAUAGUUAAUCCAAUUUGAUAAUGAAAAAUUACAAUAAGAAAAUUGAACACUAACAGAACUAAAUCUAAUAUUUAUUGACGAUAAUAAUAUUAAUAAUACAGUCCAUUCAUUUAGUUUCCACCGAUAUUCUUGUUUGUCUGAGAGAGGCAGCGACAAGCUUCUGCCUGUCUUUGAUGAUAUAUAGAUUCCAUCACUUUCUAACAUUUUAAAAACAUGACAAAUACCAUAAUAAUGAUUCCCUGAUUGAUAUUAAGAAUAUGAAAGCAAGCUUCUUUUUUUUUGUCUUUUUUGUGGACACAUACAUUUAGAAUUAUUUUUAUUAUCAAUAAUUUAGCAAGUUUUCCUGCUUUGUUUUUAAUCAGAUUUACGACUUUCAGUUAAUAUGUGUCUAAUUCGUACUAAAUUUUCCAUUAUACGCUUAGUAAUACUCAAGUUAUUAGAUGUACACUUUUAUAACCUUGAUUUUUUGACAUUUAAGAAAAAGUCUAAUUUACUAUUGUACUCGUGAAAUUAAGCUAGCCCCACCAAGGAUGCCAUUCAGAUCCGGUGUUAAACUAUAGAUUUAGCAUGGCUAUCGUAUUGGAGAUAAAUUUGAAUGUUUUCUUUUGUAAAAGGGAAAAGUUUUCACUAAAUUUAUUUUAUUUAUAUAAACAAACAAUUAUUUAGACAAAUAAGUUAAAAUAUUGAAAAUGUUCUUAAUUGUCUCCUUGUCGAAGGUAGUGUUUAUUUUGUAUUUUAUUCUUUUGAAUCUGUCGCUGUGUUUUUCGCUCACUUGCACUGUCAUGUUUUAUUGAUUUUUUUAUUUCGAAGGUCUCAAAUCAAUACCUCCUAUGUCAUGUCCAUAUUAAACAUUAUAGAGGAAGAACAUUAAAGUCCAAUUAUUUGAUAAAUAAUGUUAACAAACAUAUAUUUAUUUUUUCCUAAUAUCCCAUGUAUUUACAUUGUUAACCUUACACAAUAUGUAUUAAUAAUAAUAAUACUUUCCCUAAUUCACUCCCUUACGACUGACUUCACAUGGUUUUCUGUAGGAUUGUAGAAUUGCUCGCAAAUGAAUGAGAUGCGCCUUAGACACCUACCAGAAACUUGUGCUUGAAAUCUUAUAUGUUUAAAAUAUUUCUAAAACAAUUCUAAAAUAAUGUGUGCUCUAUGGGAUAUUUUAAAGUUUUCCAUAAACUGGUUCUUCCUAUACAGUUUCAAUUAUUAAUGGUAUCACGAAUUUUAAAUUUCAUUCCAUCUGGAAGGUCCUCAGUUUUUUAAGUUCUGUUUUGUUACGUUCUGGUUUUUCAGUACCUUCUGAAGUGUUGACUCGCUGAUACCUAGUACUUCCCUAUAUCUCUUUCGUGUACCUAAAACACUAAACUUGUAUUGAAGGUCUACUAUACUUUUUUUUGCAAGGAAAUAAUCAAAAACAUUUUUAAUAAUUUUGACAAGUCUGACUUUUUCUUACUUUUCUGUAGAACUAGUCGAAUUCAACAUUGCCCUAAACUAUAAUGAACCUAUAAUUUUUCUGCUUUUUUUUAAUUGGGUCAUUCCUCUUAAUUAAAUAUCUUUAUAAAUAAACUAAAUGAAUGGACUAAAUUAAUCUUGCUCUAGCUUUUAGUAAGAGUAUGGUUUGUAAACAGGUUCAUUUAUUACACCAGUUGGUCUCGACUGUAAAGAGCAAAGCAUCUCUUUAAUAAUUACAGUUUAUUCCAAAUUAAAAUUUAAUCUUUUGUAUCCAAACAACCUUUUUAUGAUUUUCUUUUCGCUUAUUUAAAUCAAGUAGCCUUGUACUCGAUAAAUUGGAUACUUUAUUGGAAAGUCAUAUAUUAGAAACGUCAGAUAGUCCCUCCCACCUACUUCUAUUAAGGCCCAACAUAACCCUACAGUGAAUAUUUUAAUGUUGCUGUUUUUGCUCUAUUAUAUAUAUAGGAUUACCUAUCUCCUAAUACUGUUCCCGUGUGGUGUAAUUGGCAUUUUUAGUAUACGACUGCUACUUAUUACGUUUAGAUGUAGGAGUUAUAUUUGUUUGUUUUUUUCUUGAAAAACCGAAUUUAAUAAAGUUGUUUGGCCCUAAUAGAGUUUAAAAAUACCAAUUUCUUUUGUUUUUGUUGCCUGAGAGCUUACAGAUUACCUUUGUAAUCCACGCGGGUUGUCACGUAAGAAAGUAAGGCGCGUGCACCGAAGGAUUAAAAUGUUCCAAUAUGUUUAUUUUUAAUUUUAUAUCGUCCCUGUGACAUUUAUGUUAAAAAAAUAACUAGUACAUAAUUACAUUUUACAACCGGGAAAUCAAAACCACAUACCAAAAUCUUGAUUGCCUGAAAUCAAAAUUCGCAUGGUAAAAAAUCUGUGAUUUCGACAUUCGUCGAGUGCUUUAUCUUAUUUUUGAAAAUUAAACAUUGGCCUAUUAUAAUUCUCUAAGAAUGUUAAAUAAUUAAAAGAAAUAACUAUAAAUUAGUUUACGGUCCAUACUAGGUUAUCUUUAUAUUAUUCAUUUUAAUGCUGUAAAAACCAUUGUAUUUAUAUAGAUUUUAAUAUUAGUAGUGUGAUAUCAAUUAUUUUUUGUAUACAACAAGGGCAUGAAUUGCAAUUCAUGUUUCACUACAUAUUAAUUCGUGCAGGGUAAUUUUUUCACCUUAAAAAUGUAUACCAGACUUUAUAAUACUUUAAUAGAAUUGCCCUAUACAUUAAUUCGUUUAUUUUUCAGUAGUGUGAUAAAUUACUGUAACUCGUGCUGAGAAAAUUAAUGUUUAUGGGGAAUACUAUUACAAAGCAUAUAUUGGAAAGUUAAUGAAUAUAUGAUUUAACUAAUCUUAAAAAAGAUUAUUAAUAAAUAAUGAAAUUUA